AUGUCAAAGAACGAGCCCAAAGCCAUCAUCAUCGGGUGCGGAGUGGCAGGUAUCGCACUCUCUGCCCGCCUCAAAAAGGAUCUCCAUUUCAAUAAUUUCAUCAUCUAUGAAAGGGAGCCCGAGCUCGGUGGCACCUGGCACCUCAAUACCUAUCCCGGUGUCGGUUGUGAUGUCGAUUCUCACCUCUAUUCAUUCUCCUUCAACCCGAAUCCCAACUGGUCGAAACGUUUCGCCGAACAGCCAGAGAUCUUGGAAUACCUGAAUAGCACGGUCGAUAAAUUUGGUAUCCGGCCCCAUGUCGUCUGUAAUAUCGAGGUAAUCCAGGCCCACUGGGUGGAAUCGUGUGCCGGGUGGCGAGUGCAACUUCGAGAUGUCCAGACGAAACACACCUUCUGGAAAGAGGCAGAGAUUCUGGUGUCAUGUGUGGGGACGAUUUCGACUCCCAAGGAUUGUGACAUCCCGAACCAUGAGAUCUUCGAAGGCGAAAUCUGGCACUCUGCCCGCUGGAAUCACGGCUUUGACCUCAAAGGGAAGACAGUUGCGGUGGUUGGUAACGGGUGCUCAGCUGCUCAACUAGUCCCCCAUGUCGUUCGAGUCGCCAAAAAGGUUUAUCAGUUUCAAAGAUCGCCUCAGUGGGUGACUGACAGGACCAACCGCGAGUUCACUGCUUUUGAGAAGUGGUGCUUCGCAAACAUCCCUCUACUUGGUCGCCUAUAUCGCUUCAAGCUUUGGAAGGAUACGGAUCGCUUGCAUUCCCUCUACAUGUCGGACUCGGAGGAAUUGAUUGCACAGCGCGAGAGGACAGCAAAGGCCGCAAUUAAUUAUAUGAAAGAGAAUGCUCCCAACAGAUAUCACGAUAUCCUGAUCCCCAAAUUCCCACUCGGCUGCAAGCGUCGCAUCUUCGAUCCAGGCUACCUUGAAUGUCUUCACAAGGAUAAUAUCGAACUCACAACAGAGCCUAUCGCGGAGUUCUUUGAAAAUGGUCUCCGAACACCCAAGCGGGAGAUUUUCGUUGAUGCUGUCGUUCUCAGUACGGGUUUCAAGAUCCAAGAGUUUCUUUCCCCUAUGGAAAUCCAUGGCCGACACAUAUCACUCAACGAACACUGGAAGACCACUCGCGGCGCACAAGCAUACAAGUCCUCCAUGGUAUCGGGAUUCCCUAACUUUGGGAUCGUCUUCGGUCCCAACGCGUUCCCGGCCCACAACUCGGUCAUUUACGCGAACGAAGUCCAAGUGGAGUAUAUAGUGAGGACUAUUUUCCAGCCUAUUCUCAGCGGCCACUUUGCAGCAAUCGAUGUGAAAGAGGCCGCCGAGGUGCGCGAUGCCAAUACUGUUCAAGCAAAGCUGAAGACAAUGGUUUGGUCCGCUGGCUGCUCUAACUGGAACUUGGACGCCAACGGACGCAAUACGACGAACUACCCCGACAACACAUGGAAGUUCUGGUAUCAACUAUACUGGCCCAUGUGGGAGGAUUUCAACUUUGUAGGCGACACCGGUCGCCGGCCGAUGAGCCCGCUUCAAUCAUUGUCAUUGAUGGCGAUGGCUAUGGCGGGCAUGGUUUUGGGAGGUAUACUUGGUUCAAAGCAUCUUGUCUCGACUUCCGUUGCUUAGCUAUGCUGAGUACAUAACUGUCGCCUACAGUCUUGUUGAAUGUAUUAUUCGUAGUCAAGCUCACUGAGUAGCCUUGACAUUCAAUUAACUUAUCUUUCUUCCUGAAUAGCGCAGCCUGAUCUCUGGACGUGAAUAGAGCUAAUUCCGGAACAGUCUGUAGCCGUACGCAGUGAAGACCGACUCUAAAGAUACUACUAGACAUGAUGAAAAAUUCACUGAAAGACACCUUUUCGUGCCAACUGCAUUACCGAAUUCACUUAAGAGCCCUCGCCAUCUAUAGACUCAGAUGGUGGACUGCUGAAGGAGUUGAGAUUGGUUGAAUGAUCUCGGAGGCUGUAUGAUUGAUGGGCAGUGCGU